CUUCUAGACCCUCUAGAAGGAAGGAAACCUGCUGCUACCUUGAAUUUAGCACAGUGAGAAGUGUGUUGGAUCUCUGACCUCCACAGCCAUAAGCUGAUAAAUCUGUGCUGGUUUAAGCUCUUAAGCUUAUGGAAAUUUCUUACAUUGGUAAAAGGAAAAUAACAUAGUGAGCCGUAGUGUAACAGAUUAAAGGUAUAGGAUGGGGUGUGGAGAGGAUUCUGACAUUUACACCUAAAAAACAACCAGGUGAAAUGGGAAGGUGUUUUAAGGAAGACUUACCUGGCAGGGCUGUUAAGCAGGCUGGAGCGAGGGGAGCAUUGGAGUUAGAGGAAUCAAUUAAAUCUCUACAAGAAAAAUAAGGAAUAAAAUGUAACAGGGCUUCAGUGAUAAAGGAUGUAGGAAUGGAAAUGGGCAGAGAGAUAUAAAUAUUACUUUGAAAUUAGCUACAGGUUUGAUGACUGCAUGUUGGGGAGACUUAGCCGAUGUGUGGACUGAAUGUUUGCAUCCCCUCAAAAUCCGUAUGUCGAAACCCCAUCUCCCAGGGUGAUGGUAUUGCGAAGCGGGGCCUUUGGGAGGUGAUUUGUACGAUAAAAUGAGGUCAUGAGAGUAGAGCUCUCAUGAAUGGGAUUAGUGUUCUUAUACAAGCCCCCAGAGUGCUUGCUUCUCUCUGCUCUCUGGGAUAUGAAGAUAUUGGGAAGACAGCCAUCUUCGAGCUGGCAAUCCUCUCAAGGAUACAUUGACCUUGAAAGUCUCAGCCUCCAAACCAUAAGGAAUAUGCUGGUUGUUUAAGCCACCCGACACGCGGUAAUUUGUUACAGCAUCCCAGACUGACGAAGACAGUGGAGAAUGCCUCUGAGUUUGGCACUGAUUGCCUGGAGAAUGCUGAAACCCAGGGAAGUGGGCAGCACAGACGUUUACUCAUUUAAUCCUGCCAACACAGUAGGAGAUAGAGUCCACAAAUUCCUCGCUACUUAAAAGAAUAACUUCAUACUCCUGCAUGCUGCUGGUGGCUCCCAUGUUGGACAGCACGGGCCUAGAGAUUUUAAAUUACUUGCCCAGACUCGCCCAGGAAGCUCGUGGUGGGAUCCUAGCUAUAGUCUGGGACUUUUCCUUCCUAUCCAACAAGUCCCUCAUGGAAGUUUAGAAGCUUCUCCUUUGGUGCCCAGCUGUCUAUCCGUACUUAUAACAUCUUGUCAGGUGUUCCAGCCUGCUCCUGAACAUCAGCCAGAACCCACUUCUGCUCUAUUUUGUCCAGAUCCCUGCCUUCUCUCUGCUCCUCCUGUCCAUGUCUCUCCCUCCACUUUUCCCCUUCUCCCCUCCUCCUCCCAUCUUCUCCGUCCCUCGCUUCCCCACCUUCUCUCGCAGAACCCAGAGAGGAUCACUGGCCCUCCUGCGCAUGCGCAGUCGGUGCCAGCUGGAACGAGGGUUGGAAGCUCCAGCUCCGAGCAGGGGAUCGGCCCCAAAUUCUGCUCAGCUCUUUCGCCUGGUAGGACUUUUUCUCCUGCCCCGGCGCCCCGGCCACAGCUGUCCAGGGCCAGGUGUGCACCUGCCGCCUCUCGCCCCAGCCGGGCUCCCCUGAGUCCGCGGCUGGAGUCCCUUUUCCCUCUCCCGCCCGCGAGUCCUCUCCUCCCGGGCUGCCUCUCCUCGGCCGCCGGCCCGUCCCCGCCCCUGGGCGGGCUGUGUCCCGGGCGGGCGGGGUCUGCGGACCCGGACGGGGCAGCUGGGACUGGGGCUGGCCUCCGAGCGGGGCUACUGCCCGCGUCCCCCCCCGGCUUUCCCUGCCCCGCGACCCCGGGGCUGCACUCGUCUCCCUUCCCCUCUCCCUGGGGGCCAGCUCAGUGUUGUGGGCGCUCCUCCCCGGGCUGAGAGCCUCCGGCUGUGAACCCCAGCUUCUCCGGGUGGAGUCGGGAAAAGGGAGCGUCAGUCCUGAGCGAGUUUCCGUCUCCUCCCUCAGUGUUUCUGCCCCAGUUUUGAGCAUUGACUUUGCAUCAGGGCCUGGCUAGGUGCUUGGAAACAGAAAACAAGAAAUGACCCUUUUCUGCAGAGGGCGGAAGCCUAGACCAAAAGCUGCCUAAUGUGAUCCGAGCUGCGGUAGCCAUGUGCAGACGCUGAGGACAAACUGUACCCACGGCUUUGCUUGGGCUUCCCCUGCCUUCUGACUGGUACACACCACGUCACCGCAACCCAGUGAGGCCCGCAGCCCGCAGCACAAUGAGCUGGCAAAUGUAGUGGCCUAGGCAAAGCUGAGGACACAGAUGCCAGCACCGUGCCACUCCCAGGCUGGCUCCAUUCCCGUCACCUGUCACCUCCUGCUGAGUCCCCAGGCGUCAGUCAAUGUCGGUACAUCGGUGCAACGAGGCACUGGUGACAUGUUUGCUCAGCAACUGCUUGGCUCUGAGUCUGCAGACCCAACAGAGAAUGCCAGCUUGUUUUUGCCUUUUGAAUUCUGUCCUUGGGAUUUGGCGGAGUAGCUGGUUGUGUGCUUAGCCCAUAGUGGUUGACACCGUCACCAUUGUUUACCCAGAACCUUGUGUACCAGGCAUGGCUCCCGGCAUCAAAAUACAGCAGCGCAUUAAACCUCCCUCCUGGUGGGUCUGUCUGUUUUGGUACCGUAAGGGCUCAGCCACCAUCUGAACGUCAGUGAAGUAACGCGGCCUGUGAGCUCGGGUCAAGUGCCCUCACCUCCAGUAGCAUCCAUCCAGACACCAGCACUGACACUGGCCGUGCUCAGAACUGCCUCAGACCUGAAGACACAACUGACAAAUAGAAGGGGGCCACGCCCUGUUACAGCAGGUGCUCUCACUUUGUGGGUCCUUAUGUAACUGCACGAUGUUAAUCAGGAUCGCCCGUUCUACAUUGUGUAGCGCUGCGGCGGUGUCUCCUAGUUACUUGUUUCUUGUAAGAAUUCCGGUGACUGAGUUAGAAGCAUGCUUCCAAGCUGUCCGUGUCCUCGGCAUCCAGAAGCGGAGCCUGGAAGCUUCCGAAUUUCUCCAGAAUGCAGUCUACUUUCACCUUCGGCAGGUGCCCUCACCUCCAGUGGCAUCCAUCCAGACACCAGCACUGACACUGGCCGUGCUCAGAACUGCCUCAGCCCUGAAGACACAACUGACAAAUACAAGGGGGCUACGCCCUAUGACAGCAGGUGCUCUCACUUUGUGGGUCGUUAUGUAACUGCGCGGUGUUAUUCAGGAUCGUCCGUUCUACACUGUGUGACGCUGCUGCCGUGUCUCCUAGUUAUUUCUCGUUCCGAGGAGAGAAUUCAGCAGUGCAGCAUCCUCUCCGAGCUCUAUGAGUUGAUCGGCUGCCACCGCAAGUCCGCCUUCUUAAAGCGGGUGGCCCCCGUGCAGCGCGCGGCCCCCGGCAUCAUGGAGCCUGGCGGGAAGAGUUGCUACCGACUCCUUCUGCAGACGCUUCCUGGCUACAGUCUGUCACUGGAUCUACAGGACUUCAGGAAAGGUGUUGGAACUAAAACAUCGCUUUAGUCCAAUUAACCAUGCCUAGUUUGGGCCCUGCUGUCCUGUCUCAUCAGUGUGAAUUGUGAUUCGUUUAGAACAGGGCUCAGCAGACUUUUUUCUGUCAAGAGCUUGGGAGUAAAUAUUUCAGGGUCUGGAAACCUCCUGAUUUCUGGUGCAGCUGCUCAGCUCUGCUGUUCAGACGCCAGAGCAGCCGGACAGUCCACACACCCACAGAGCUUUAUUAACAGCGGUGGCUGGGGCUGGAUUGGGUGUAUGAACAGCAGUUUGUCCCCACAGCCUCCUCACUAUUGACACCUGCACCAGAGCGUGCAUUUGCGACAAUGGGUGAACCUGCACUGACACGUCAUCAUCACCCAGAGCCCAUAAUUGGCACUAGGAUUUACACUUGGUGGUGUGCACUCUGUGGGUUUGGAAAGAUGUAAAAUGACAUGUAUCCACCGUCACAGCAUCAUACAGAGUAGUCUGUCUUAGUGACCCUAAAAAUGCUCCGUGCUGCACCUCAUUCAUUGCUCCUUCCCCUCUAGCCUCUGACAGCCACUGAUCUUUUAGUCUCUGUGGUUUUCCCUUUCCCAGAACACCAUACAGUUGGAAUCAGACAGUUGCACAACCUUCCCAGAUUGGCUUCUUUCCCUUAGUAAUAUGCAUUUAAGGUUCUUCCAUGUCUUUCCAUGCCUUGAUAACUCAUUUCAUUUUAGCACCAAAUAAUGGUCCAUUCUCUGGCUGGACCACAGUUUAUUUAUCCAUUCACCUACUGAAGAACAGCAUAGUUGUUUCUGAGUUCUGGUGAUUAUGAAUAAAGCUGCUAUUAACAUCUGUAUGCAGAUUUGUAUGUGGACACAAGUUUCCAUUUCGUCGAGUAAACACCAAGGAGCACAGUUGCCAGAUCAUAUGGUAGGAGAAUAUCUAGUUUUGUAAAAAUUUGCCAGACGGUCUUCCUAAGUAUUUGGGCCAUUUUACAUUCCCAACAACUAUGCAUGAGAAUACCUGAUGCUCCACAUCCUCACCAGCAUUCGGUGCUGUCAGUGUUCUGCGUUUUGGCAGUUCUGAAAGGUGUGCAGUGGUACCUCGCUGUUUCAGUCUGCAUCCCCUUGAUGACAGAUGCUGUGGAGCAUGUUUCCAUAGACUUCUUUGGCAUCAAGAUUUCUUCUUUGAUGAGGUCUGUGUUCAGGCAUUUUGCUCAUAUUUUAAUCAGGUUAUUCAUCCUUCUUGUUGAGUUUAAAGAAAUUUUGGUAUAUUCUGUAUAUCAGCCCUUUAUCAGUGUGUCCCUGCCCUUCACCUGCAGUACUGGAGUUGUCCUUUGGUUCUCAGUGGAGUGUCAACUCUUCAAAGAGAUUCCCUGUCUUCCUUCAGCCUAAAUACUGUCCUGGUAUUUUUCACUUUCAUUGACUCAUUUUGUUCUUUUUAAAUAGCAUUUCCCAUAAUUUGUACUUACAUUAAAAAAAAAGGCAAUGAUUGAACACCGCCUCCCCCACCAGGCUGUGUGCCCUGUGAGAGCAGAGGCCCUGACCCCACUCACCGUUUCCUAAGACAGCACAUUGCACAUGUCCAUGUAAAAGUGUGUAACGUGGGGCCAAACCUGAUAAGCAGCUAUGAUGACUUGUGUUGUCUACCAUUUAUUGAGUAGACUUUGUUUCUGAUCUUAAUUAUUAAAUCACAUGAAUGAAACUUGCUUGUCUUGAAAAAUAAAACAACAAAGCACACCUCGAUGUGAUUGGUACUUUCUACUUAGCCUUCUGACCCAGGAGGGGAUGUUCACCAUCAUUUUGUGGAGGAGGUUGGGGAGGUAAAGUAAGAGAGUGAGAUCAAAUAAAGUAAAAAUGAUAACUAUCAGUUGGCUUUAUUUUCACUAAGACAUAAAAGUUACUUUAAACCCUAUCUCAGCUGUUGUUCUGUUGUUUUAAACAUUUCUCAUAGAAUUAAAUCGAAGCCCACUAAACCCUGAAAGGGAAAUUUUGUGCUCAGGUCCUGAAAAGAGUUUAUGUCUAUUUCUUGAAAUGCACAAUUUCCCUGCUGCUUACAGAAAUUCGAGGCGGGAACACAGCCGUUCGCUGUGUGUUUCUGCCGGCUUCACGGGCUGCUCAAUGUCAUUUUCAUUUUCUUGUGUUGCAGUUUAUGAAGGUUUUCCAUGAGAUAUAUUGCUCAGCCUUUUCCUGAAUGAAGGAUUGAAUUUUCCACAGGAAAUCUUAUGAAAGAGAGUGACAAGGCACAUGGGUUUCCCAAAAAGGAAGAGUUGAUGUAAUAAAAUUUCACUAUGGUGAACUUUUUUAAUACAAGCCAGUUGAAAAUUUUAUCACUAGGUCAUAGGCCACAAAUCUGUGUUAAGAAUAAAAAGAUUCAAAUUUUAUAGAAGAAGCAGUUUGAAUCAAGUAAUAAUAAUGAUUUGUACGCUAUUUGGUGUUAGAACUUAUACCCAGUCUUAUCAUAAUUGCCUGUGGUAGGAACUGGAUCAUUAUUUAUUUAUUAAAAAAAAAUCCACUAGUUGCUAUUUGUCCCAUUCUUGAUGCGGCAGUGCUGAGGUUAGUUAUGUUGGGCCAUUUAGGAUUCUUAGCUAGGUUUUCUGGACAUUGAUUUCAGCCUUUUUAUCUUUUUUACAAUCUUUUCAUAUGUGUCGGCCAUUGGUCUUUUUACAACGUGGAAAAACUGCACGGAUCUGCCUUUCCCUUUUUUCCUGUCUUUGUGGGAAAAGAUUUUUAAGAGAAAUUACUAGGAUAUUAAGUAUUUUGUGUGGGGUAAGUUUGGUCAGUUCUAAGGAUUUAAAUUAAUACGUAUUUAAAUUGCUAUUCAGCUAAUGACAGUAAAAUUAUAAACUAACUUAAGUAUACAUCAGUAAGUAUAGUACAAUAAGCCAAUCACCCAGAUUAAGGAAUUCACAAACUUUUUCAUAUUUCCUUUAUUCAGACCUUUGUUCUUUUAUUUGUCCUUUGUUGAAGUAUUUGACAGCAAAUCCAAGAAGACAUGUCAUUUUACCCUAUGUACUCAAGUAGGCAUGUCUGAGAAAUGAGGGCCUUUUCUUUGAUCAGGUUUUUCCAUUUGACUUAUGUGCUCGUUAAGUACCAGCUGUAUCAGGCAUCUCACUAGGAAUUAGGGAUCCUUGGGGCAAUGAGACAGUCCUGGCUCCCAAGGAAGUUAAGGGCUGAUGGAAGAAACCAACACAGGAGCUUGGGUGCCUCACUUAAGGUCCCUACUGGAUGACACCAAUUGGACAAAAUUUGUGCACAAUACAGUAGGAUUCACAGAAGGGACUGGUCAGACUUGUAGGGCAGGCCGUGAGAGAGGCGGUCAGCAGGGCUACAAGAGGAGGAAUCAUUUGAUCAGAAUCUGAAAUCUUUUCUGCCAACCUUCCUACCAAGCCCCCAGGGCCCAUCACACACAACCCUGUGCUGUAACUGUUUUUGAUUCCAGUUACCACAUCUCUUUCAGGAAGGAUUUUAAGCUGGAAAAUAUUUAAAAUCAGUAAUUGUUGCCAGAAGGAACAUAGAACAAGGAACAUGGAAACAACACAAAUGUCCAUCAGCACAUGACUGUAUAAAGACGAGGUGAUACAUUUAUACAAUGGAAUACUACUCAGACAUAAAAGAUGCCAUUUGCAGCAAUAUGGAUGGACCUGAAGACUGUCAUUCUAAGUGAAGUGUGGUGGAAAGAGAAAGAAAAAUUCCAUAUGACUUCAUUUAUGGGGAAUCUAAAUUAAUAGCAAUAAUAAUAAGACCACAAAUGAACUAAAUAUUAUUUUGAUUUCUUGAAUAUUUGUAAGUACAUCUGACUGUCCUUUGUGAUAGGAUUACAAUAUUCUGUUUAUUAUUCUUUUGUAGAUGUCCUUAUUCCUCUGGUAACUGUAAUUUUAAAAAUCUAAAGCUCUAAUCUGUUCUUAGAAAGAAUAAUUAGUAUAUAUAUGUAAACUAAAAAAUGCAGUAUGCUCUAUACAUGUAUUUACAUGCAAUAUGUGUAUGUGAAAUUGAACUGUAAUAAUUCUACCCGAUAAAACUGAAAAAGGAAAAAAAUAAAAAAAUUAUUUAGCAAAA